ACUGCUUAACCGUUUAAUCGGUUUUAUCCUCAUCGUUAUAUUUUAUUUAGAUUCUAUUCAUAUUAUAAUAAUUUUAACUUAACAGUAUACUGCGACAAGUUAUUUCAAUUAGAUUGGAGAUUCCCUGCUGAUAUCACGGCAGGGGUUAGUGCCUCUUACCCUUCAUGUUGACCGAUAUUUCUUCAUAUAAAAGGAUGGUAAAAUAAUCUGGAACCACUUUCCCUCGUGUAAUCGAUUCAUACGCAUCCAUUUUGUAUUAUUCAGAUUUUGGAAAUGGCUUUUAUUAGAUUAAUCAUAAGAAAUGUACUUGCAUUGAUUUUGCUUAUAAUAGUGAGCAGCUGUGCAGAGGAAACGUGUGAAACGAUGCCAACAGAGAUUCAUGUCACUAAAGAGGAGUACGAUGAUAUGGGAAGACUUAUCCGAUCCUGUAGUGGAGAAGUAAGUGUCAACAAAUGUGAAGGAAUGUGUAGCAGCCAAGUUCAGCCAUCAGUAUCAACAGCAACUGGGUUUUUAAAGGAAUGUUUCUGCUGCAGAGAAAACUUUUUGCGAGAGCGUUUGGUAACUCUCACCCACUGUUACGACCCAGAUGGCUUGAGGCUUGAAGACGAAGACCGGGCGAUAAUGGAAGUGCGUUUGCGUGAACCUGAUGACUGCAAGUGCUACAAAUGUGGAGAUUUUAGCCCUAUCAUACAAAUCUUAACUACUAAAGGAGACGGAGGGACUUUCUUGAGUUUAGCUAUAAUUAAAAUGAUUUCAAAUAAAAUAAUUUAUUUUGCUUUGCUUUUAACGAUCUGCAGUAUUCAAGAUGAAUUUGUUUGCAGUCAAGAAGUAACAUUAUCAACAGGACAGGAAUGUCAAAUGACUCCAGUCAUUCAUGUUCUUCGUCAUCCUGGUUGCAAGCCAAAGGCGAUACCAUCGUUUGCUUGCGUUGGAAAAUGUACAAGCUACGUACAGGUAUCCGGAAGCAAAAUAUGGCAGAUGGAGCGAACUUGCAAUUGCUGUCAAGAGUCUGGAGAACGUGAAGCCACAGUCGUCUUGUUUUGUCCUAAAUCGAAAAACGAAGAAAAGAGGUUUAUGAAGGUAUCGACAAAAGCUCCAUUAGAAUGCAUGUGCCGUCCUUGUGGCAGCAUCGAUGAAAGUUCAAUUACUUCUUCAAGUCCGACGUCGGUCGGUGGUCGACGAGAGUCAUCAUCGAGUCGAACAACUGAAGUCAAAGAAUCUAGGAAAGAAGAGAAGGUGACUAUAGAAGAGACCAAAAGCGACGACAUUGAAGAGAUAAACUAUAAAGAAAUGCUAAACAGUUUGGAAGGUGCAGCAUUUCAAUCACGGUUGCCAUUUGACAAAAUGUCUUCAUUAGAAGCAGAAAGUUUCUCCGAUCUCCAGGGAGCGUCCAGUCAAGCAUUUGUCCAAAUCAGAAAUCGGGUUCUUAAACUCUGGUUUGAGGACCCUAAGAAGCAGCUUACUCAGGAAUAUGCUGUUCAGAAAAUGGAAGCUCCUUAUAAUGGUGAUCCAGCAUUGGUGAUGAGGACACAUGCGUUUCUUGAAAGACACGGAUUUAUAAAUUAUGGUAUUUAUGAACGUAUCACACCUAUUCCGGCACCACCCAAAGGAAAACAGAGACCUAAAGUGAUAAUCAUUGGAGCAGGUGUAUCAGGCCUAGCUGCUGCCCGUCAACUCCAAUCCUUUGGUUGUGAGGUUGUCAUUUUAGAGGGACGAGAUAGAGUGGGAGGACGGAUUUGCACAUAUAGAAAAGGUCCAUAUGUAGCGGAUUUAGGAGCUAUGGUGGUUACUGGGCUAGGUGGUAACCCGGUAACAACUUUAUCAGUUCAGAUGAAUAUGGAACUGCAUAAGAUAAAACAGAAGUGUCCCCUAUAUGAAGCCACUGGAAAUCAAGUUCCUAAACACAAAGAUGAAAUG